UUUAUGGUCACGACUACCUUGACUACAUUUUGGCUUGGUUCCAGGCUUAAAACUGUCUUAAAAAUGUUACUUCCGGAACCAGAGCCGUUCAAAAAGACAAAGACCAGUGUUCUGAUGUUCUCAAAGAGUACCUAGAUCAUAUUCUCUCGGCCAACAAAGAGGAGAAGACAAAGGGAAGCUGGACUACUUGGCAGAUACAGGCCCGUUUCACAGGGGACAGUGAUGCACUAUCUAGUUUAGAUUGAGUUGAUGAAUGCAGCAUCCCUCCCUCCACAAAGAAAGCAAACAAAGAACCAUUCAUUUUUAUAAUUUCGAUAUGCAUAAAUAGGCUUUGGGAAAAAUGAUGGGUCACACUUGAGACUUGACUCCACGUCUUGAGAGGCGGAUUGGAUUUUCUGUCCCAAUAUUCUGAGGGGUCUCUCUGCUACUUCGUGCUUCUGUGAGUUGUGAAGGUCCAGCCCAUCAAGAUGGGAGCAAGGAGCCUGAUUGUGCUGCUGCUUAUCCACACAGCUGCCAGGACAUGCUCAGCACAAGUCAACAACCAAGCCACUAUGGGAGAAGUCCGUCUGGUCAAUGGAGGGAGCAGCUCCUGCUCUGGCAGGGUGGAGAUCUUUAUCCAGGGCCAGUGGGGCACAGUUUGUGACGAUGGCUGGGGCCUUCCAGAUGCCCAGGUGGUGUGUAGACAGCUGGGCUGUGGGAGGGGGCUGUCUGCAGAAAGCAGAGCCCGUUUUGGACAAGGACAAGGGCCCAUCUUCUUGGAUGACAUCAACUGUAGCGGGAAUGAAUCAAACCUCACACAGUGUGGCCACAGUGGGCUGGGGUCCCACAACUGCAAUCACCAUGAAGAUGCUGGUGUUGUCUGUGAAGGUGAAACAACCGAAAACUCUGUGGCUGAUGGUGAAGUCCGUCUGGUCAAUGGAGGGAGCAGCUCCUGCUCUGGCAGGGUGGAGAUCUUUAUCUGGGGCCAGUGGGGCACAGUUUGUGAUGAUGGCUGGGGCCUUCCAGAUGCCCAGGUGGUGUGUAGACAGCUGGGCUGUGGGAGGGGGCUGUCUGCAGAAAGGAGAGCCCGUUUUGGACAAGGACAAGGGCCCAUCCUCUUGGAUGACAUCAACUGUAGCGGGAAUGAAUCAAACCUCACACAGUGUGGCCACAGUGGGCUGGGGUCCCACAACUGCAAUCACCAUGAAGAUGCUGGUGUUGCCUGUGAAGGUGAAACGACAGAAAACUCUGUGGCUGAUGGUGAAGUCCGUCUGGUCAAUGGAGGGAGCAGCUCCUGCUCUGGCAGGGUGGAGAUCUUCAUCUGGGGCCAGUGGGGCACAGUUUGUGACGAUGGCUGGGGCCUUCCAGAUGCCCAGGUGGUGUGUAGGCAGCUGGGCUGUGGGAAUGCACUGUUUGCAUCACAAGAAGCCUUUUUUGGACCUGGCCAAGGGCUUAUAGGAUUGGAUGAUAUCCACUGCAUCGGCCACGAAUCAAACCUCACACAGUGUGGCCACAGGGGGCUGGGGUCCCACGACUGCAGUCACCAUGAAGACGCUGGUGUUGUCUGUGAAGGUGAAACAACAGAAAACUCUGUGGCUGAUGGUGAAGUCCGUCUGGUCAAUGGAGGGAGCAGCUCCUGCUCUGGCAGGGUGGAGAUCUUUAUCCAGGGCCAGUGGGGCACAGUUUGUGAUGAUGGCUGGGGCCUUCCAGAUGCCCAGGUGGUGUGUAGACAGCUGGGCUGUGGGAGGGGGCUGUCUGCAGAAAGCAGAGCCCGUUUUGGACAAGGACAAGGGCCCAUCCUCUUGGAUGACAUCAACUGUAGCGGGAAUGAAUCAAACCUCACACAGUGUGGCCACAGUGGGCUGGGGUCCCACAACUGCGAUCACCAUGAAGAUGCUGGUGUUGUCUGUGAAGGUGAAGCAACAGAAAACUCUGUGGCUGAUGGUGAAGUCCGUCUGGUCAAUGGAGGGAGCAGCUCCUGCUCUGGCAGGGUGGAGAUCUUUAUCUGGGGCCAGUGGGGCACAGUUUGUGAUGAUGGCUGGGGCCUUCCAGAUGCCCAGGUGGUGUGUAGGCAGCUGGGCUGUGGGAGGGGGCUGUCUGCAGAAAGGAGAGCCCGUUUUGGACAAGGACAAGGGCCCAUCCUCUUGGAUGACAUCAACUGUAGCGGGAAUGAAUCAAACCUCACACAGUGUGGCCACAGUGGGCUGGGGUCCCACGACUGCAGUCACCAUGAAGAUGCUGGUGUUGUCUGUGAAGGUGAAACGACAGAAAACUCUGUGGCUGAUGGUGAAGUCCGUCUGGUCAAUGGAGGGAGCAGCUCCUGCUCUGGCAGGGUGGAGAUCUUUAUCCAGGGCCAGUGGGGCACAGUUUGUGAUGAUGGCUGGGGCCUUCCAGAUGCCCAGGUGGUGUGUAGACAGCUGGGCUGUGGGAGGGGGCUGUCUGCAGAAAGCAGAGCCCGUUUUGGACAAGGACAAGGGCCCAUCUUCUUGGAUGACAUCAACUGUAGCGGGAAUGAAUCAAACCUCACACAGUGUGGCCACAGUGGGCUGGGGUCCCACAACUGCGAUCACCAUGAAGAUGCUGGUGUUGUCUGUGAAGGUGAAGCAACAGAAAACUCUGUGGCUGAUGGUGAAGUCCGUCUGGUCAAUGGAGGGAGCAGCUCCUGCUCUGGCAGGGUGGAGAUCUUUAUCUGGGGCCAGUGGGGCACAGUUUGUGAUGAUGGCUGGGGCCUUCCAGAUGCCCAGGUGGUGUGUAGGCAGCUGGGCUGUGGGAGGGGGCUGUCUGCAGAAAGGAGAGCCCGUUUUGGACAAGGACAAGGGCCCAUCUUCUUGGAUGACAUCAACUGUAGCGGGAAUGAAUCAAACCUCACACAGUGUGGCCACAGUGGGCUGGGGUCCCACGACUGCAGUCACCAUGAAGAUGCUGGUGUUGUCUGUGAAGGUGAAACGACAGAAAACUCUGUGGCUGAUGGUGAAGUCCGUCUGGUCAAUGGAGGGAGCAGCUCCUGCUCUGGCAGGGUGGAGAUCUUUAUCCAGGGCCAGUGGGGCACAGUUUGUGAUGAUGGCUGGGGCCUUCCAGAUGCCCAGGUGGUGUGUAGACAGCUGGGCUGUGGGAGGGGGCUGUCUGCAGAAAGCAGAGCCCAUUUUGGACAAGGACAAGGGCCCAUCUUCUUGGAUGACAUCAACUGUAGCGGGAAUGAAUCAAACCUCACACAGUGUGGCCACAGUGGGCUGGGGUCCCACAACUGCGAUCACCAUGAAGAUGCUGGUGUUGUCUGUGAAGGUGAAACGACAGAAAACUCUGUGGCUGAUGGUGAAGUCCGUCUGGUCAAUGGAGGGAGCAGCUCCUGCUCUGGCAGGGUGGAGAUCUUUAUCCAGGGCCAGUGGGGCACAGUUUGUGAUGAUGGCUGGGGCCUUCCAGAUGCCCAGGUGGUGUGUAGACAGCUGGGCUGUGGGAGGGGGCUGUCUGCAGAAAGCAGAGCCCGUUUUGGACAAGGACAAGGGCCCAUCUUCUUGGAUGACAUCAACUGUAGCGGGAAUGAAUCAAACCUCACACAGUGUGGCCACAGUGGGCUGGGGUCCCACAACUGCGAUCACCAUGAAGAUGCUGGUGUUGUCUGUGAAGAUACAACUCGUCAUAUUGGCUCAAACAUAUCCGUUGCUCCAACGCCGGAGGCGAGCGCUGUAUAUGAUGUUCUUCAGUGAUGGUUGAUCGACCGAGGCUGUUCCUCCAAGACCUUCCAGAGCUCCAAAUGAACCACGGUGAAGGGGACCCGCUGUGAGCUGGCCGUGUACAAUGCUUCACUAAAGCUCCUUAUUAUUUGUAGAACAUGGUGGCUUACUUCUGUGUGUAUAUAGUUAUAGUGAAGAGGCUGAAAUGAUGAGUCUCGCAUAACAUUCAGCUUAAAUAAAUAUUUACAAUUUC